AUGGUGUACUCACCUGCCAAAGCAUAUGCAGACUGUGCGGGGCAACAUAGAGUCAUCGACAAGAUGUGGACAGCAGACUGGUGGGGCAAGAAACAGGUAAGACUAUUUGAGAGGGAGCGACAAAGGGAUAAGUCAGCAUGGCCAGUGUACAUAUCCAUUGGAAACAUCACUAAAGCAAAAAGGUGCCAAGUAUCAGCACACGCAAUUGUCCUCAUUGGUUACUUACCAGCUAGCAAACUUGACUGUUUCACCCCUGAUGCAUGCUCCUUGGCUGGAUACCACCUCUUCCACCAUUGCAUGGCUCUACUGCUCCAACCUCUCAUUGGUGCUGGAAACGACGGUGUCAAAAUGGUGUGUGUGGACUCAUGGGUUCGUCGUGUCUACCCAAUUCUUGCAGCAUAUGUUGCCAAUUUUCCAAAGCAGUGUUUGGUCAGUUGUUGCAAGCCUUUCUGGGCUGAUCUGCCUCACGUGGACAUUUUUCUAGUGUUCACACCCGACCUUCUGCAUCAACUUCACAAAGGUGUGUUCAAAGACCACCUUGACGAAAUGGAUGCACGUUUCAAGGCGAUCCCGAAUUAUCCUGGCCUUCGACACUUCAAGAAAGGGAUAUCGAGUGUGAAGCAGUGGACAGGACACGAACAUAAAGAGAUGCAGCGAGUGAGCCCCUUCAGUGAAUUCACCCUGUCUCAGACGGACAGCCGAGUGUGA